AUGGUUUCAUAUUCACAUAAGGAUAGUUCAUUUUGUCAAAAACUAGUUAAGAUUUUGAAAGAUCGAGUGCAAGGAGAUGUGUGGGUAGAUUUCAUUAAAUUACAACCACCAUAUGAGGACGAUUGGGAAGAAAUAGCCGCAGCAAUUACGGAUUGUGACGUAGUGGUGAUGAUUGUUACAGCAAAUUAUUGUAGCUCGAAAAGUUGUCGUCGCGAAGUGAUUCAUGCAGAUAAACGUAGCAAACGAAUGAUACCUGUUUAUCAUGGUUCUGAAUACGAACCUGAGGAUUGGUUUGAAAUUCGAGCUGGUUCAGCAACUUGGGUACGUUUUGGUUGUAUGAAAAGUGAUGAAGAUGUAAUGGAAACUCUUAUUAAAUUGAUUAAUUGUCAAGAAACAAGAAAAAACCGUGUUGAUACAGUAACAAUUCCUAAAAAGUUACAUCCCGAAAGCAAUGAUAACGUUUCAUCGGUUCUGAUUUCUUCUUCGAUCGUUGAUGCUUCGCCAUCACAAUCAUGGCAUCCCAUUCCACUGUUGACUGAUCCCGUCGGAUCAAUCCUCACGAUUUCGUCACCAGUACCAACUUCUAGAAAACCAGUUGAACAAUGGAUUGGUGACGAAGUUCAAGAAUGGCUACAUCUACCUUCAUCAGUCCUUCAACUAUCAAAUGGUCGUGCUUUACUGACUUAUGCGCGACUAAUAUCGGACGAAGACAUUCAACGAGAUGAAUAUGAAAGAAAUCUUCGAGAUCGUGGUCUAACACGUGAACAAUGGGCAAAUCUGAUCAGCUCUCUUACGACUCUCUGCAUGUUUGACAACAAGAAAAUGUUAUCGAACACAUUACCUGAGCAGUGGUCAAGUGAUGACGUGAAGUAUUGGUUAGAACAACAUAAGCUACCUAAGUAUCUUCUAGAUACAUUUUCCUUUGUUGAUGGAAUAGAGCUUGUCAUUUACGCUAAAAUGAUGAUCGCCUCACCGACACGCGUCGAUUCGGAAUAUGAUUGCUUGAGAGCUAGAGUUCGGGUUCGAAAUAAUGGGCAAGAUCUGCUUCAAUUAGAUGAUUACGCUCGAUUCGUACGAGCACUCAAAAAACUUGUCGAACAAUCAUAA